GGUCGCCCCGUCGGGAAACCCACGAGCAGCUCGGCGGCAGCGGCGGCGGCUUUGCCUCGGCGCGGUAGGAUGUGGUUAGAACCUUGAGGAACUGCAGGUUCCAGAGAGAACACUUUAGUCGGCCGGAUUGGAUCCAGAGAGCAGAUGCUCAAGAGGACUUCAGGUUAACCCAAGGUCUCUCCGGGGGAAAUAAAAAGGACAAAGGUAUCCGCCUCUACAAGGGACCCCAAGCAGUGCCUGGAUGAGGGUGCUGGAGUGACUGGUGACUCCAGGAGGCCUUCCUGGAGGAGGUUGAGGCCCAGGCGUGGCUACGCUGGCAUGUCAAGCUAUCUCCAAAGUGAGGCAUAAGACUUGACCCUGCGGGGGUCCCAGUUGGGAAGAUGAGGUUGCUACGAAGGCGCCACAUGUCCCUGCGCCUUGCCAUGCUGGGCAGCGUCUUCAUGCUCUUCCUCUUCAUUCGGCAGAAGGAUGUAAGCAACAGGGAGCAGGCCAUGGAGAAACCGUGGCUGAAGUCCCUGGCAGGCCAGAAGGACCAGGUCCUGGACUUCAUGCUAGGUGCCGUGAACAACAUUAGGGACGUCAUGCCCAAGCUGCAGAUCCGGGCUCCAGAACCGCCCCAGACUCUGGUCUCCAUGAACCACUCCUGCCUUCCAGGGUUCUAUACCCCUGCUGAGCUGAAACCCUUCUGGGACCGGCCACCUCAGGAUCCCAACAGCCCUGGGGCAGAUGGAAAAGCAUUUCAGAAGAAAGAAUGGACCAAUCUAGAGACCAAAGAAAAGGAAGAAGGCUAUAAGAAACACUGCUUUAAUGCUUUUGCGAGUGACCGCAUCUCCUUGCAGAGGUCCCUGGGGCCAGACACCCGGCCUCCUGAGUGUGUUGACCAGAAGUUCCGGCGCUGCCCUCCACUGCCCACCACCAGCGUGAUCAUUGUGUUCCACAACGAAGCCUGGUCCACUCUGCUGCGCACAGUAUACAGCGUCCUGCACACCAGCCCUGCCAUCUUGCUGAAGGAAAUCAUCCUGGUGGAUGACGCCAGCACAGAUGAGCACCUGAAGGAGAGGCUGGAGCGCUACGUUCAGCAGCUCCAGAUCGUGCGCGUGGUUCGGCAGCGGGAGCGGAAGGGGCUCAUCACAGCCCGGCUGCUGGGGGCCAGCGUGGCGCAGGCCGAGGUGCUCACGUUCCUGGACGCCCACUGUGAGUGUUUCCACGGCUGGCUGGAGCCCCUCCUGGCUCGAAUUGCGGAAGACAAGACAGCGGUGGUGAGCCCAGACAUCGUCACCAUCGACCUUAAUACUUUCCAGUUCUCCAGACCAGUACAGAGAGGCAAAGCUCACAGCCGGGGCAACUUCGACUGGAGCCUGACCUUCGGCUGGGAGAUGCUCCCUGAGCACGAGAAGCAGAGGCGCAAGGAUGAGACCUACCCCAUCAAGUCUCCGACGUUUGCCGGCGGCCUCUUCUCCAUCUCCAAGGCCUACUUUGAGCACAUCGGUACCUAUGAUAACCAGAUGGAGAUCUGGGGAGGGGAGAAUGUGGAAAUGUCCUUCCGGGUGUGGCAGUGUGGGGGCCAGCUGGAGAUCAUCCCCUGCUCCGUGGUCGGGCACGUGUUCCGUACCAAGAGUCCCCACACCUUCCCCAAGGGCACCAGUGUUAUUGCACGCAAUCAGGUGCGCCUGGCUGAGGUCUGGAUGGACGACUACAAGAAGAUUUUCUACAGGAGAAAUCUACAGGCAGCAAAGAUGGUGGAGGAGAACAACUUCGGUGACAUCUCGGAGCGACUGCGACUCAGGGAGCAGCUACGCUGCCACAACUUCUCCUGGUACCUGCACAAUGUCUACCCAGAGAUGUUUGUCCCCGACCUGAACCCCACCUUCUACGGAGCCAUCAAGAAUCUCGGCACCAAUCAGUGUUUGGAUGUGGGCGAGAACAACCGUGGAGGAAAGCCUCUCAUCAUGUAUGUCUGCCACAACCUCGGCGGCAACCAGUACUUUGAGUACACGUCGCAGAGGGACCUCCGCCACAACAUUGGGAAGCAGCUGUGUCUACACGCCAGUGGGAGCACACUCGGCCUCAGGAACUGUCAGUUCGUUGGCAAAAACAGCAGAGUUCCCAAGGACGAGGAGUGGGAAUUGACUCAGGAUCAACUCAUCAGAAACUCGGGAUCUGGUACCUGCCUGACAUCCCAGGACAAAAAGCCAGCCAUGGCCCCCUGUAAUCCCAGGGACCCCUACCAGCUCUGGCUGUUCGUCUAGGCCUGGGGUCACCCCCCCCCAACGCAGGCCCAAGUCCUCCAGGCGGUGGGGUCACCAGGAAUCUGGGAGUCCUCUCCCCCAGAUCCUCUGGAGACCCGAGAGUUGGAUUUUGAAGCCCUGUGGCCACCAAGGCAGGACGUUCUUCUCGCAGCAACGCUGGUCCCAUUUCCUUUCCUCCACCUCAGUGGAGAGACCAGCAGGUCACAUGCUACUUGGCCCAAGGCUUUCCUCCUCUCCUAGAGGCAGGGGCCGCCAAAGCAGCCUGAGAGUGUGUCCUGCAGAGGCGCUGGAAGGGCAGAGACCCUCUCUUGUUAGCAGACCUGGCCGCAAACCCUCUUGAGGUGUAUACACAGAGUGCCUUCAUCCUACGCCAUUUGCACGGUUAUCUGUGGAGGAGACAGGGAGGAAGGAGCCAUGCAUUGAGAAGGUUGAGAGUGCGCUGGAGUAUAGUUCAGGGAAAGGCUCUAGGUUUGACCCCUUAGCACCACAGAAAACAGAAAAGGAGUCCAGGAGAGGAAGGCAGGCAGAAAGGGACAGAGGGAGACAGAGGGCUUUUCUGCCAUUGCACAGCUGAUAGGUGACUCGAGCUGGGACUGAGUCCCCAUCUUUGGUGCUGUACCAGGGCUCCUUCCAGCACACAAGAACACUAGACAGUGAGCUGCCGGCCAUGCCAUUUCUUGACCCCUCUCUGAUCAUCCUGGCUGGCUGUCCUCCAGAAAGCCAGGUAGCGAGAUGGGAGACCACACUGAGAUCCUGGGCUGUUAGUGUAGAAAGAAGUUUAUGGGCUGAGACAGCUGGUGAGUCUCAAGCCCAGGGCCCCUUUGUUCUAAGCUAUAGACGAGGAGAGUAAAAAGCAGAAGCAGGAGCUGGGCGUGAAGGCACAGGUCUGUAGCCUCGAUGCUCAGAACCUAAAGCAGCAAGGUCUUAAGUUCCAAGGCCGGCCCGGGCUUCAGAAUUCGACCUUUCCUCAAAGGCAACUAAAAAAUGGUGUGGAGAACAUUCAGGGAGCUGCCUUGCAGCCCCCGAACUAAGGUAGCCCCCCCCCCUUUACACUUAUUCCUCAGCAGAAACUAGAUAGGUGUUUUGUCCAAGGUCACCUGGCAGGAUGUUUGGCGGUUCCAAGCUUAGAACCGAGAUAAGGCUAAGCAGAGUUCUGGCAAGUCUGAGGGGUCAGGGACAGCGUGCAGUUGCCUGGAGGGCCGAUCCCAUCUGCUUGCCGGAGUACCCUGUGCGGAGCCGACCUGCGGAUGCCAAUCUUUCUACAGUCAACUUUGACUCUACUUUCGCUCUGCCUGGAAGAAAAUAGAAAUAUCUAGGAAGGCUUUAGAGGACUUCAACAUGAGACCACAGCUGCCUCCUGCUCCAUGCAAGGGCACAUUGCAGGAAGCCUCCCCUGUCCCCUGGGUGACAAUCAGAGGUAGCCCAGCCAAAUGGAAAGAGUCUGACAGAGUUGUGAUCCAAGGUGGGAAGAGGGAAGAGAGGCUGAUUGGGAACCUGGUGGAAAUAAAGUUUUUUUUGUUUGG